GUCCCCUUCGUAUAAGCAGCAAGCAGCGGAGCCGUUGAACAGCACGGCCUCGCAGUUACACCCCACGCGCCAACCGCCGUUCACAAGGUCAUGGCUGCAACCCGGUCCGUUGCAAAGGCGCUCACUUGUUGACGCACGCAACUACUCGAGUACGAUGUAUUGAAUAGCGCCUCGCUCAAAAGCAACGCAUGCCUCUGAGGACGCUCAAAGUAGCGAGCUGCCAGCACUUCUUCGACUCCAAUUCCACGGGCUCAUGCACUUGUAUAACGGGCAGGUUGAUAAGGCGGAUUCUCUCGCAAGUCAUAGCGUGCUGGACACACUACGAUACGACGAUCGACGUGCCUCGCUCUUGUUCUGGCCCUCGCUGGUCUCUCUGACCUCAGUCGACAAGCAGAGGUGGAAGACCCUUUUUUUUGCCGAUCCUCUAGCCCACCAUGGCAGCGGUGCAUUGCGUGCCGCCCAGUCCACCUUGGGACUCACACACUCGAUUGGCGGCUGAAAAGCGCGUCUACACUCCUCGAAGUCUGCCUCCUUCUCCUUUGCGUCAUCUCGUCAUACCUGGAGACCUUGACCCACCACCGAUGGAGAGGCCAACAACGACAAGUAAAAGCAUGAGCAAUCCGUGCCGACGCAAUCGCGGCGAGUCCAUCUUGGCUCGCCGAACCAAACCUGGCAGCGCUAGAAAGCUCAACAUCUUCAUCGAGUAUCCAGUUUCCCGAGAGCCCACCAAUGAUAUGACAGACGGAAGCCCUGAGCCGGCAAGCACGCAGAGCAUCACUCAGCAUUGCGACCCCGACGACAACAUGCUUCUCGACACGGGGCUCAGUCAGCUUUUCGAUCCAGCGCAAGCGAAUGUGGUAGAUACGCCCGAAGCGCCCGUCUACACGGCCUUCGAACGUGGAUCGGCAGUCGAGGUCGAAAUGAACGACUUUGACAGAGACGAGAGCGGCAUAUGCAAAACGCUUCAGUAUUUUCCCUUGCUCUUCCCAAUUCAAUCCGGCCCGGCGGACAGCGAGUCAUCAUCAGUACCGUUGUGGCUCAUCCAUCCCGCUGCAGGCUUUGCGACCGCGUAUUUGAACCUCGGCUCUGUAGGCCGACCAGUGUACGGAUUCUCCAACGUCGUGCUGUCUGCAGGCAAACGCCUGAAGUCGGUCAAGCAGGCUGCUCUGUUGUACCUGAGAGAGAUUCGCAGGCUGUACCCCAAGGGUCCUUAUGCCUUCGGAGGAUGGGGUUUUGGGGGAGUCUGCGCACGCGAAAUGGCAGCUCUGCUCAGCGACGAGUGGGCAGAGCGCUUGAGCCAAGGGGAGGCUCUUGCACCUGAUGAAACUCGCGCAAUGGUAAUGAUGAUAGAUUCGCAGCAUCCCAGCUUUGCUCAAGAAGAAGCUGCGCUGCGACACUCCUUGUCAACCCCUUGCGAUCUUCGCCCUGCCGUUCACCGAAAUCUCGGCCGGCCCCUUCAAGGUGGAGGAGAUGUGGAGAUGACGUCUGCUUCUUCGGACUCCCAAGCGUCUCUUGCUAGACUUCCCGUAUCUGCUGCACUGCGCCUAUCCGCGCUGAGAGCGGUGAACAAGAGCGCUGCGACUGCACUUCAGGACAGCAAGACGAUGCAUCACCUCGUAGAGCAAUACUGCCUUUCGGUCCAGCUUUUGCGCUCUCAUCACCCCACGCCUUUCGCGCAGCACCACGAUAUCUCGGUGACGGUGCACUUGCUCAAAGCUAGUGAACUGGGAGCAUCGCCUCGACAAGCGACGUCCGCUGAGCUAGCACUCAAAGCGGAUCAACAUCUGUGUAGGUGCAACGGUUGGACGCAGCCAGAACUAGUGGGAACAUCAUCCAUGGAUGUCCAGCAUGUCCCCUUUGUCCACGACGAGCUGCUGAGCGACAAGGCGGCUCCUUGCGUGACGGCGUGGCUGCAAGAAAAGUUGCAAACAUUCGAUCAAGCGGACGAGAUGCGCUGAAAUUUGCGCUCGUGGGGGCCAAUCUUGGUCCCUC